CCUUCCCUCCUUUUCGGAACCAUUUCGGAUGACGCAGCGGUUGGAGUCGGAGGACAGAAGGCGUUCGCGAGCUGCAGGAGUCGCCGCCGCCGCCGCCAUUUUGUGCGUGCGUUUGUGAGGGAGAGGGAGAAAAAGAAACGCGGCUGGUCGAGGAAACGGCGGAGGCGGCGGCGGCCGACGGCUUGAGGAGAAAACGGCGGCGGCGAAGCGGAGGAUGCGCUAGAAGAGGCCGGCGGGAGCAGCAGCAGCAGCGACCACAGCGGCAGCGAAGGAGAAAAGGCUCGCCUGGCCUGCCCUCCUCGGCGGGGAUCGGUCGUGUCCGCGGCCUGUCAGCCCUGCGGGGGAGAAUGUCGGGCGGCGGCACGACGGCGUCCGAGGGGGCCGCCAGUGGCGGCGGCGCCGGCGGCAGCAGCGAAGACGCCUGCCGCGACUACCAGUCGUCGCUGGAAGACCUGACGUUCAACAGCAAACCGCACAUCAACAUGCUGACCAUCCUGGCCGAGGAGAACGUGCCCUUCGCCAAGGACAUCGUCUCGCUGAUCGAGGCGCAAAUCGCCAAGGCUCCUUCUAAUGAGAAACUUCCUGUUAUGUACCUAAUGGACUCCAUUGUCAAGAAUGUUGGACGAGAAUAUCUUGCUGCAUUUACUAAAAACCUAGUUUCAACAUUUGUUAAUGUGUUUGAAAAGGUGGAUGAAAAUACUAGGAAAAGUUUAUUUAAAUUGCGUUCCACGUGGGAUGAAAUUUUCCCUUUGAAGAUUCUCUAUGCUCUCGAUGUGCGGGUGAAUUCAGUUGAUCCUGCUUGGCCUGUUAAGCCGCUACCCCCUAAUGUGAAUACUUCUAGCAUCCAUGUGAAUCCUAAGUUUUUAAGUAAAUCGCCUGAGGAACCUGCUGCACCUAGCUCUACAGUCUGUUCUCUUCCUGUGUCCUGUUCUGCUGUGUCCUCCACUCCAGUUGUUCCUGAAAUACAAAAGAACUUAACACAAGAGCAGCUAAUAAGACAACAGCUGCUGGCAAAACAAAAACAAUUGUUAGAACUUCAACAGAAGAAAUUAGAACUUGAAUUAGAACAGACAAAAGCACAGCUGGCUGUUUCCCUUAGUGUUCAGCAAAGUGGAUCUACUCUGGGCCAAACAUCCUUAAAACAACAUGUGCCACAGCCACCUCACAUACCAGUUAAAGCUCCCCAUCAAGUUUGUCUGCCACCUGAGAAAAACCGUUUGUCUCCGCUCCAUGAUGCCAAAAUAGCCAAUAGAGAUCCUCGUCUUAAUAGAACAAGUCAGCACUCUUCUCAUUCUAAAGAUCAGAGUCAUAGGAAAGACUUCAUAAUUAAUCCAGUCAGUCAGCCUGACCCGAAGACUAGCAAAACUCCACAAAGUGAAAAGCAAAAUACAACAAAGCAAGAAAAAUUAAAACAGAAUGAGAAACUGCAGAAGAAAGAGUUUGAUCAAAUAGAUGCAAAAUUAAAAUCAAAAUCACCAUCUCCUUUGCAAAAUAAGCUGCUUCAUGUUAAAGAAACCAGAAAUCAAGAAUGUGAGAAUCCCAGAGUCCUGGAAAUAAGCAAGAGAGAUCCCAGAUUAAAAAAACAUCUUCUAGAGAAGCCAGAUGGUAAAGAUGAUGACAUAAAAGAAAAAAGAAGAAGUGUGGAGAGAAAAGACAAAGAGGAACAUAGAUCAGUUGGUGGUAGAAAUAAAAUAAUUAAUGGCAUUGUACAAAAGCAAGAUCCCAAUACAGAAGAGUCAGAGAAACAGAGUGGAAAACCAGGAAGGUCAAGUACUAGGAAAAGGUCACGUUCUCCUAGAUCUCGAUCACCAUCUGCACAUUCUCCAAAACGAAGAGAAAGAAGGUCACCUAAAAGAAGGCUCAGAAGUCUCUCUCCAUCUGGACCUAAGAUAGGGAAACCACGGCAGUCUGGGCCAAAACAAUCCCAUGUAGAAGAGUUUGCCUCAGGAGCACGGGAUGAAAGAAGCUCUAAUAAGAGGAACAUUAAGCAGGAAGUGAGAGAUUCAAGGAGGCUGAAGAAAACACAUGAAGACCGACCACAAGAAGGAAUGAAUCAGCAUUCUUCCAAGUCAAAUUCAGAACCCAAAGAAAAUGUGGAGAAUUGGCAAAGUUCCAAAUCAAGCAAAAGAUGGAAAUCUGGCUGGGAGGAAAAUAAAAAUCCUCAACUUACUGAAGAGCAUCAAGGACUUUGUAAAUCACCUCAUCAGAGGCACAGGGAUACAUGGGCAACUAAUAAAGGAGUUCCUUCCCCUCGCACACCAAAGCAGCAACAUCGAUUAAGUGUAGAUGCUAAUUUGCAGAUACCCAAAGAACUGACCUUGGCAAACAAGAGAGAGAUACUUAAGAAGGCAAAUGAACGUCUCUCAUCUGGUGAAAUAACACAGGAUGAUUUCCUUGUUCUGUGUCAUAAGAUUCGCCAACUUUUCCAGUAUCAGGAAGGAAAGCAUAGAUGCGAAUGGGAUAAUACAACAGGUGAAAAGGGGAUUUCAAAAAAGAAGCCCUUAUUGUCUGAAUCAGAUUUAAUAUAUCAUGAACAUAAAGCUAAGCUAAAAAGAACACAAGUUCAACAUUCAUUUCCAAGACUCAAUAUGAUAGAUGCUGAAGAAAUACUAGACUAUCACUUAACUGAUGGAUUUCUUUCUGGAAUGGACUGUGAGCAAACAAAAAACAAAUGUGGGGGUCAGUUUGGUGAAAGAUCAAGGCGACAUUCCCCCGUUGGUGGUAGCAGACCAUACUCUGAUAACUCCCCACAUGAUGGCAGGAGAAGACAUGAUGAGCCAAAUGCCUCGAAAGGUCUUCGAGAAGAGCAGAGGAUCAGUGACAUUUUCAAGCGAACAAGAUAUGAAGAUGCAGAGAAACCGUUCACUGACCUUCAAGGAUCACGAUUUGGGGUGUCUGAUGGAAAGCAAAGAUUUAGUUCAUUGAUUGAGGACAGAUCUCAUUUUGAGGGUUCUCCUAGACAUCCUGGCACAAGGGCAGGUGGAGAUGGGCAAGUUGGUCAUUUUGAAGGACCAGUUAAUGCAGCUUCUCGAAUUGAAGGGCCACAAGCACAGACUAAUUUAAGGUUUGAAGGCUCUCUAGGUCAGCCAGCCACUCAGUUUGAUGGGCCCCCAGGACAGUCUGGAGGAAAAGGUUCUCACAUGUUUGAUGGCCCACCAGCACAGCUUGGUGGUGGUCCCUUGAGGUUUGAUGGGCCCUCAGGGCAAGUUAACACGGGGAGUGCUAUACGGUUUGAGGGUCCAAUAGGACAACCAGGGGGAGGUUUAAGAUUUGAGGGACCUUCAGGCCAAUCUGUGGGUGGAAUGAGAUUUGAAGGGACCCAUGGUCAACCCUCAGGAGGAAUGAGGUUUGAGGGACCUCAUGGUCAUGCAACUGCUGGUAUUAGGUUUGAGGGUCCUCAUGGCCAAUCGACUGCUGGAAUGAGGUUUGAAGGGAUGCAUGACCAGCCGUCAAAUAAUAUAAGAUUUGAUGGCCAACCUUCAGGUGGACUGAGGUUUGAAGGGCCUCAUGGCCAACCUUCAAAUGCCAUAAGAUUUGAAGGACCUCAUGACCGGCCAGUGGGACCUCAUGGUCCACCAGGAGGUGGAAUGAGAUUUGAGGGACCACAUGGACAGCCUGUAGGACCUCAUGGUCAACAAGGAUCUGGUAUAAGAUUAGAAGGCCCGCUCAUGCAAUCAGUGGGGUCCCUUGGACAACCAGGAAGCAAUAUGCAGUUUGAAGCACCACAUGGACAGCCUAUUGGUCCUCAUGGGCAGCCUGCAAGUGGACUGAGAUUUGAGGGUCCUCAUGGGCAGCCUGUAGGGCCACAUGGUCAACCCCUUGGCUCUAGGUUUGAGGGGCCUCAUAGUCAGCCUCUGGGGCCACAUGGGCAGCUGGGAAUUACUCCCAGGUUUGAGGCACCUUCUGUUCAGACUGGAGGUGGGCUUAGAUUUGAAGGGCCUAUUAACCAGACAAGGUUUGAUGGCUGUCAGUCAAGAUUUGAUGGUCAACCUGGUCAGCCAUCAAUUUUACAAAGACUGGAUGGAUUACAUGUACAGCCUGGCCCAAGGUUUGAAAUGGUUCCUACUCAACAAACACCACCUCGAUUUGAUGGUCCACCUGGUCAGCAGGUCCAACCCCGUUUUGAUACAAUACUUCAGCGGUUUGAUGAUCCUCAACAUCCGGCAACACGAUAUGAUAUCCUCCUUGGUCAUCAAGGUCCAAGAAUUGAAAAUGUAGCCAACCUUCCUGCCUCAAGAUUAGAUACACCACCAUAUGGACAAACUGGCCCUUACAGUGAAGCUCCCAGUCAGCCACCUUAUAAUGGGGCAUCACAAGGAAUGCAGUUCCAGAGACCUGACCAAAUAUUUGAUAACCCCCAAGGACCAAACUUCAAUGGCCCACCUGUUUCUGGAGCACAGCACUUUUCUAAUACAAUUAACAGGGCACCAGGACCUUUUUACGAUGACAAGAAUCUUCAAGGCCCCCAGUUCAGAAAUUUUAGUAAUAUGGCAGUGGGAAACGUUCAGCCUCCACAGCAGGUAUCUGUUCUGUCAGUAUCUUCUGGCCAGCCUUUCAGUCAAGGGCAGCCACUAUUGCCGGUUCAUACACAAAAUCCUGGAGGUUUUGUUCAAAAUCAGCCAGGGAACAUCCCACUUUCCUACCCUGAUAAUCAUCUUGGACAACUUGAUGUGAAUGAGUUGUUCUCAAAACUACUUUCUACGGGAAUCCUUAAAUCUUUACAGCCCGAUUCAUCUUCAUCACAAGUCAGUGAAGUUUCAACUCAGCCAACUCCAGAGGAAGAAGAGGAUGAUCAAGAUCAGAAUGAGGAUGUCCCAGACUUAACUAAUUUUGUGAUAGAAGAACUAAAACAACGCUACGACAGCGUUAUAAACAGGCUCUAUACUGGCAUUCAGUGUUACUCUUGUGGAAUGAGGUUUACGACAUCACAGACGGAUGUGUAUGCAGACCAUUUGGAUUGGCACUAUCGCCAGAACCGCACAGAAAAAGACGUUAGCAGGAAAAUCACUCACAGAAGAUGGUACUAUAGUUUAACGGAUUGGAUAGAGUUUGAAGAAAUAGCUGAUUUAGAGGAGCGUGCAAAGAGUCAGUUCUUUGAAAAAGUGCAUGAAGAAGUUGUAUUAAAAACUCAAGAAGCUGCUAAGGAGAAGGAGUUUCAGAGUGUCCCUGCAGGCCCAGCCGGAGUAGAUGAAAGCUGUGAAAUCUGCCAAGAGCAGUUUGAGCAAUAUUGGGAUGAGGAAGAGGAGGAGUGGCACUUAAAAAAUGCAAUUCGUGUCGAGGAAAAGAUCUACCAUCCAUCAUGUUAUGAAGAUUAUCAAAAGACUUCAUCAUUUGAUUCUACCCCAUCUCCAAGCAAGACUCCUGUAGAAAACCCACUAAAUAUUAUGUUGAAUAUUGUCAAACAAGACAUACAGGAUUCCUGUAACAGCCCCAAAGUCAAAGAAGAACCAGAGGAAAAGCCUAAUGAUUGCACCGAUGGGAAUACAUCUGAAUCUGUUGAAAUUAAAACAGAACCUGAAAAGGUUGAGUCGGUUUAAACUGUGGGUUUUUUUUUUAAUUACAGAGAAGAGCUUAUUGUGUCCUACUGACUCUAGAAUGCAAAUAAUUUUUAUAUGAAUAAAGUGUUCGCCUGGGGCAGGGCCCCAGCUACUGACUUGGUUAAUAAAUACAUUUUUGUAUUUGAAUUUCUUAUUGCCUGCACCGUGUCAGGUGUCUAUCGUGUGGAAGUUCUGUAGAUGGCGUACAAAUUUGACAGGAAUAGACUGUAUAUGUAAGAAAAAUUGUACAUUUUUUUUUCAUUUGUGGAAAUGUAAAUUAUAAAUAAAAAUAUUUUUGCUAUCUAUGGAGUGUAAUGUUUAUGCACACCAUCCAAUUAAAAAACAACACCGCACUUACCUUGGGGGUGUUUUAAUGAAACGGAACUCAGGCUUCUCCACAGGGCUUGUGCUUCAAUAGGAUUCUCACAGAAAUGGCAAGGAAGAUUCUUUUGCUGUAAAGUUUGAUAAGGAGAAAAUUACUGUUUGAGAAAAGGUCUUUGAAACAUUGGAUUGCUUUUCUUAACUACAUUCACAUUAGACAUUUAAAAAGAAAAGUAGGUUUACAUAAAUAAAACAGUUCUCUUUGGAUACUUGCCUACAUUUUACAGCUGGUCUAGAUUCAUAAUUUCAACUACUCAGUACAUAAAAGCUUAAUACUUUUUUUUUCAUUUUAGAGGAACAAAUGUAAGAUUGCUCGUUUGCAACAUGGUUAACAUUUUUGUUGGUUUAUUGGAUCUAAAUAGUAGAAGAGAUUACAAAGAAAUGUUAAUAUUUAUUUCGUGUAAUAAACUAGAAUGAAG